UGUUUUUUGUUCUUUCCUCAUAGAUCACGAUCUACCGUAAUAAUCAGACGAAGAAAUCGGCGCCCCCCACUGUCCGUGUCCAGAAACUCUCCCCAUCGCCGGCCCGCUGAUGUCUCUCAGGGAUGUGAGCGCCCCCUGGUGUCGGAAUCCUCGUCCUGCAGAGAUGGCGUUGUGUCCAUAACUACAUCUGAAGCUUGAAUCUUCUCGGCGCCAUUGUCCCGCGUUUUUUUCGCCUCGCGUGUUAAUGAGGCCUCCGAGUGAAUGUAAACGAUCGCCAUUGAUUGGGUAUUGGCGUAUGUUCCCCGCUGCUCAUCCCUGACUACCUAUCAUAGAGCUGAAUGGAUCCCUCUCUAUGACCCGACACCCUGACACCUCCCUAAGAACAAACCCGUCUGUUUCAUGAGGUGAACGCGGCAGUCUGGGAGGUUUUUUUACAUUCGUUUUUUUCUUCUUAUUGUAUCGUUGAUGGAAUCGUCACCCAUGUGAUCUCUACACAUCUCAAGCUUUCUUUUUUUUUUUUUUUUUUCUUUUUUUUAUCUUUCCAAAAAAAGAGCAAAAUGAGCACUUAAGUGGCACGUUUGUUCGAGGGAGCAGACUGGCAUGUAGAAACGGGGUCUUCGCCCUGCCUGUAUUUUUGAGGGGCCGACCCCUCCUCCUCCUCAGCCAAUCCUAUCUAAAGCCCCGCCCUUGGCCGUCCCACAAAACUGGAAGGAGGUGCUCAGACUGAGGCAGCCCCUGCCUUGGCCAUGAGGAUUAAUGCCUCCGUUCACUGCUAGACCUACAACCUAAAUGGCGCAGCAUGACUUUGUACCUGCUUGGCUUAGCUUCUCCACACCUCAGUCCUCCAAGUCCCCUGCAGGCAUUGUUGAGAAACAUGGCGAGCAUCUUCCCCGGGGCGAGGGGCGUCUGGGAGUGAGUCGCAGAAGACACAACUCUUCCGAUGGCUUCUUCAACAACGGACCCCUCCGCACCACAGGCGGAGACUCGUGGCACCAGCCGUCUCUUCUCCGCCAUGAUUCUGUGGACUCUGGGGUCUCUAAAGGCACCAACCAAUCGGGGUGGCACGGAGGAUCGCGGGAAAGGUCUGACAGCGCCUCGCAGAGAGGAGCAAAUGGGUGCGGCGGGACAAGCGCUUCCAGCCAUCGUCAUCGCAACGGCAACAACCUCUCUCGUAAGAAUGCUUCCAUGCAGGACAAGCAGUCGGCGGAGACCCGAGAGGAAAAGAACGCGGAUAAGAAAAAGCCGCAGUUUGAGGAGGAGGAUUUUCCAUCUUUGAAUCCUGAGCCUGGGAAGCAGAUCACCCCGAACAAGCAGACCGGAACCCCAACCGGAGUCUGGGAAAACCCUCCCAGCUCCAAACAGCCACUGAAGAUGCUGGUCAUCAAGAAGAUCUCCAAGGAGGAUCCGUCGGCUUUCUCUGCUGCUUUUGCUUCAACGGUACCUCACCUUUCCAAUGGGAACUGCAAGAGUAACCCCAGCGGGCCCAUCUACAAGAACCUUGUUUCCAAACCGGCAUCCGCCUCCUCCAAGCCUGGUCCCUGGAAGUCAAAUGGCUGGGAAUCCAAAUCUGGCUCCUUGUUUUUCAGCAGAGAUUCGGCUUUCACCAGCCCUGUAUUGGCCCCGGGGCCCGUGCUGACCUCCCCUAAAGAGGGCACAGCCAGUGUCACCCCACCACUGGAACUCAGCAUCUCGCGGCUUACACGCAUGACCCGCCGCGUUCCUGACAAGAAGAGCGAAUUUCUAAAGGCCUUGAAGGACGAGCAAGACGCGGACCAGACCGAGGACCGAGAGCGGGAAAAACUGGAAGAUGUGCAGAAUCGGAGCCCAGCCGAUCUAAACAAUGGAGACGGCGAGCACGUCGAGGAGAGCCGCCAUCUCAACGGCAUUUCCGACUCUCUAGAAGAGCAGCGCGGCCGGCUGUCUUAUUCACUGGAAGCAGAACACAGAUUACUGAAAGAGAUGGGCUGGCAGGAGUCUCCAGAGAAUGACGACGACUGCCUUCCACUCACAGAGGAGGAGCUGCAAGAGUUCCAGAUAAAAUCCCAGCAGCUGAAAAGACACGGCUUGGGACUGAACGGCUUCCUCCGACAACCCCGAAGAUGUGCUUUGUUUGCUUGGCGUAGCCCUCUGACCCCUGACCCCGGCUCAGAGACGGACUCCAGCAGCUCCGACACGUCAGACGACGAAUCGUGAAAAAACGCUUUAUUUCCCACGUGUUGGGGGAUGGGGCACCUCUUUCUUGUGAAGAUCGGUAAACCGGCCAAUGACGGCCGGAGGUGGAGUGAGGGGGCGUGGCUUGUCCUUUCUCUUCUUCCUAGGAGCACAAACCCGAUUUCUGCAGUUCAGAGACUCCGAGGAGAUUUUCUUUUUCUCAGUUUUUGUUUUUUCCUCAUUUUUUAUGGAGCUCGGCCUUCACAUCACUGCAGAUGGCAAAGCUUCGAUCAGCGAUCGAUUUAAAUCAGACUUAACCCACUAAAAAAAUGGGCCACUGUCGGGGAACCUUUUAAUCGCGGCGCUAGUUCUGGCGGGAUCUAUGGGAAUCAUUGUGAGGAGUUCUCUAAGCCUUGACAUUCAGGGUGGAUUGUAAAAUAAAAGGAGAUUUUGGGGGAAGAUUUCAGAAGAUUAUUUUGAUAACAUUAUUUACAGAAAUCUGGUUUCCUGUAUGUGAGGCGAUGGCGGCACAGCAGCGAAUAACCUGGAAAUAAAUAUUUUGCAUCAGUUUGCCAAAAAACA